AUGGCCAGCGGAAAUGGGAAAAGUCGUUGUUUUACAUGCGGUAAAGAGAAGCGAGCCGUGCGAUGUGAAGGUUGUUUACAAGUAUUCUGCUAUGAUCAUUUGACGGAUCAUCGGCAAGAAUUGAAUAAACAAUUGGAUCAUAUUGAACAUACCCGCGAUCUGUUUCGACAAACACUCAAUGAACAAAUGAAUCAUCCGCAAAUACAUUUGCUAGUGAAACAAAUCGAUCAAUGGGAAGAAGAUUCGAUUAAAACUGUACAACAAACCGCGUCGGAAUGUCGACAACUGCUAGUACAACAUACGACGAAAAAUGUUCAUAAUAUCGAAGUCAAUUUAGCUAAGUUAUCCGAUCAUUUGAAAAGAAUUCGUUCAGAAAAUGAUUUUAACGAAGUCGAUUUGAGUCAAUUCAAUCAAAAAUUAAAACAAUUAGCAGAGAAAUUAGAUAAACUUUGUAAUGUUUCCAUACAACAAGAUCCAACACCUUUGAUUCACAGAAUAUCGGUCGUGGUUUCGUCGUCUAUGUCAAACAGUUUUGCAAAAAUCGAAGAAAGCAAAGGAAAAAUUGUUUCUCUCAAGAGUCCUCCGAGUUCUAUGAAAUGGGAUCAAAAUGGAUUUACCGUUGCGGGCGGGUACGGAGAAGGCAAUCAGACCAAUCAACUCUAUUGGCCUUAUGGAAUCUACGUUGACGAAGAAGAUCAGACGGUUUAUAUAGCUGACUAUGGUAAUGACCGUAUUGUUAAAUGGAAGUAUGGUGCACAUCAUGGUCAAAUCGUGGCUGGUGGCAAUGGAAAAGGAAAUCGAAAGGAUCAACUGAAUCUUCCAACAGAUGUUGUUCUCGAUAAGAAGAAUGAUUCAUUUAUAAUUUGUGAUUAUGGAAACCGUCGAGUCGUUCGUUGGCCACGUCGGUCGAGUAAAAGUCAACAAACGAUCAUCUACAACGUUGCCUGUUCUCAUCUGACAAUUGAUAAUACCGGCGAUAUUUAUGUUUCUGAUUGUGAGAAGAAUGAAGUAAGACGUUGGACAAAAGGUGAUAAUACUGGAACGGUUGUUGCGGGUGGCAAUGGACGAGGUGAUGGUCCGAAUCAACUGAAUUCGCCUGGUUACAUUUUUGUUGACGAAGAUAAUUCAGUGUUUGUUUCUGAUUCCAAUAAUAAUCGAGUGAUGAAAUGGAUAAAAGGCGCGAAAGAAGGUGUGGUAGUCGCUGGUGGACAAGGAGAAGGAAAUGCUUUGACACAACUAUCUAAUCCUCAAGGAGUUCUCGUCGAUCAGUCAGGUACGAUCUAUGUCGCAGAUUCUUGGAAUCAUCGCAUUAUGCGUUGGCCGGCGGGUGCAACUAAAGGCACUGUUGUAGUCGGUGGUAAUGGACAAGGACAGCAAGGUCAUCAAUUCAGUUGUCCUUUGGGUUUGGCCUUCGAUGGACAAAACAAUCUGUUUGUCGGCGAUUGGGGAAAUAAUCGAGUGCAAAAAUUCGAUGUACAUGUUGAAUAG